AUGGAGGUGACCGCAGGAAAUUUCACUGCUUUGCUACCAUGGAUGCUCUACCAGAUCUCCUGCAGCAGCUUUGUUGCUAUUGACUUGGAGUUUUCUGGUAUUGCGAUUAACCCAAGCAGCCAAGCCCAGAAAGACCAAUCUCUCCAGGAACGAUACAAAGAGGUCAAGGCAGCGGCCGAGAAAUAUCAAAUUCUCCAGAUCGGUCUGACCAUAUGUCAGGAAAACAGAGCCAAUGGCACCUACAAGAUUACGCCUUACAAUAUCAACCUGAGCCCAUUCGUCGACCGAGCAUUGGACAUCAACCGUGACUGGACCUUCAUGAGCUGGUCCAUGGAAUUCCUCAUGAACCACCAUUUCAGUAUGGAAAUCUUGUGCAAGUACGGGGUGCGGUAUCUCUCUCGAGAUGAAGAGGCCCAAUGCUUGACCAUAGCCAGUCAGCGAUACAGCCGCACCAACGCAAUCGCUGCAGUUGAUGUGAAAGCAACAGAUAAAGAGACAAUUGAUUUCCUCAUGGCUGCGCGUCGAACGAUCAACUGGUGGCUGAACCAAACGAAUACCUCAAUAUCCCACCAAACACCCCCACACAAGUCCCUCAAGAAUUUGGGUCCAGCCCUCCCUGAGACCCUGAAUAACAUGGAGAAACGACUUGUGCAUCAGCUUAUCACCGCUGAAUAUCCAAAGCUCAAGUCGAGAAGCCGGCCCAUGUUUGUCCAAAUUGAGUUUGCCGAUCCUGUCAAUGACAAGAACAUAAAUGAAGCAAAGACAAACACUCUUGAGACACUGAUUCGCGGACACGUGGGAUGCCGGUGGAUCGUCGAAGCACUCAUCGCAGGAGACUUGUCACAGCUCCCCGACAGCACCUUCAGUUCCUUCAUAAGGAAGGAUGCACCAUCGCAAUUUGGAGAGGCAGACCUUGCCGAGAAUGUACGGAAGCACCUCCAAGAGAACCGGCCGAUCUUAGUCGGGCACAACUGCUUCAUGGAUUUGAUCUAUCUUUACAGUGGUUUCAUCGGAAAAUUGCCGGAUACCGUAGAAGAAUUCCAGACAUUGAUCCAUGGCGCAUUUCCUAAUGUGGUUGACACCAAGUACCUUGCAACCCACGAUGCGGGUUCUAUCAAUCCAAUUUCUUCCUUGGAAGAGGUUAGUCGCAAGUUGGUGAAGGUAUCUGUCCCUAAGAUUGAAAUCGACUCUAUGCACCAGAAGUAUCUUUUCCGGUGCAGCAACCACGAAGCCGGUUAUGACAGUAUGCUAGCUGCAAUCGCCUUCAUGAAGCUAUCAGUCCAACUUCAGAUGGGUCCAAUCCAGUUUAGCAGCCCGGGAAACCUGGAAAACAUGAAGAUCGGAGUUGCUUCAGAGAAGCCACAGAUCCAACAAAUUGAGCAACGAAUGGCCGGAGACAUGAUGCGAGCCCAAGAGGCACGAGAACAAGAAGCAUCAUCGUCGGAAAAAAGCAUUGACUUGAUUGAAUUUAGUGACAGUGAGAGUCCAGAUUCAAUACAAGCAGCUGCUCUGGCUGAGACCGGUGGACAAAAUGCACCAACGGCGCAGAGUGGGGAGUUGGUUCCUCAGGUCGACAGCGAGUUCUGGCACACUUAUGGAAACAGAUUGCGGGUGUUUGGCACGAUCGAGCGGGUUGUGCAUCUGGACUCUCGGAAGGCAUAG